ACCAAAUCAACACUACCAGUCUAGAGGCUACAUACCAUGAUGGUCAGAUUAGGGGUUGCUGUGAUUAUUCUCAGUGCAGUGUAUGUAGACCAUGUUAACCUGCUAAGUCCAGUGACCACUGUUCAACUUGGUGAUCCUGUAACCCUGCUAUGUGUUUUCCCAGAAGAGGAAUUCAACGAUGAACAAAUGCACUGGUACAAGCAAACUGUGGGAGGAAUUCCACAACUUGUCUCAUCGAUGCAUAAAUAUUUAACAGAGCCUGUGUUUCACUCUGGAUUUAAAAAUUCACACUUCAGCGUAACUUUGGCUCAAAGGAUGUUUCGCCUUACUAUCAUGAAGUCGAUCCCAGAAGAUGAAGCCAUGUACUAUUGUGCAAUUGGAAGAGUGAUGACUGUGAACUUUAGAGAUGGCACAUUUCUGUCUUUAAAAGGAAACGGUCAGAGGUCUGACAACCAGACAGUGGAACAGCAGCCAGAGUCUGACCCAGUCCAUCCAGGAGACUCUGUGACUCUGCAGUGUACUGUACUCUCUGAGACCUGUACAGGAGAACACAAUGUGUACUGGUUCAGAGCUGGAUCAGGAGAAUCCCAUUCAGGAGUAAUUUACACCCCUGGGAACAGGAGUGAUGAUUGCGAGAAGAGCCCUGAGACUCCCUCUACUACACAGAGCUGUGUCUACAGCCUCUCCAAGAACAACCUCAGUCUCUCUGAUGCUGGAACUUACUACUGUGCUGUGGCCACAUGCGGGGAGAUCCUGUUUGGCGACAGAACAAAACUUAACAUCAUUAAAGGAAACACAGUGGAUCCCAUUGUCCUCAGCUUGGGAGCAGCAGUGGCUGUGUGUGUGAUUGUCAUUUUUAUUCUCGCUUGUACCAAAAACAAGAGACAAACAUGUGAUCAUUGUAAAGGUAAGUCAUUUUAG